UUUCCUGAAAAGGACUGGUGGAGUGGAUGUUCUCCUACGGAAAGCCAUAGACCUCGGGCUAGUUUGUUUGGCCGCAGCUUCUCCACCCGAAGGGUUCUGCCUAGGUUGCUCCCUUCAUCCCCCUUGACUCUUCUCUCUCCUCCCCAGGAUGAAGAAGCCCCUGCCCCUCCUGGCUUUGGUUUUUUAUGCCACCCUCACCCAGGCCCUGGUGCCCUCUCCGGGCCCUGGAGUCUCCCGCCUGGCCAGGCUCUCCACGGACUUUGGCAUCAAGGUCUUCCAGGAAGUGGCGAAGGGUUCCAAAGACCGCAAUGUGGCCUUUUCACCUUAUGGCGCAGCUUCCGUCUUGGCUAUGCUGCAGAUGGCUGCUGCAGGAGAGACCCGUGGACAGAUCAAGGAAGCCAUGGGAUAUGGAGUGAAUGAGAGGGGGGUCCCCAGGUCCCUGCGGUGGCUCCAGAAGGCCCUGACAGACCCAAGCAAGAAGGACGUGGUGGAGACGGCCGAUGCCCUCUUCGUGCAAAGGGACCUGGUGCUGGCCAGCGGGUUCAUGCCGCGUUUCUACCGGGUUUUUCGGCAGAUGGUUAAGCAAGUGAAUUUCACGGAGAGUGAGCGUGCCCGCCACAUCAUCAACAGCUGGGUGGAGCAGCACACUGCAGGCAUGAUCCAGGACUUCCUGCGCGAAGGGGUCUUGGACCCGAUGACCCGCCUGGUGCUGGUGAAUGCCAUCCAUUUUAAGGGCCUCUGGCACCUGCCCUUCCCAGAGAAAGCCACCCGGCAGCGCCUCUUUCACAAGGUGGGGGGCAGCACCAUCUCAGUGCCAAUGAUGGAGCAGACUGCCCAAUUCAACUAUGGUGAGUUCUCCACCUCUGAGCAGGUGGACUAUGAUGUCAUUGAGCUGCCCUACCAGGGGGAAACCCUCAGCAUGCUAAUCGCAGCCCCCUUUGAGAUCGACACCCCGUUGUCCGCCUUGACUGGCAUCCUCAAUGCCCAGGUGGUGGCCGAGUGGAAAAGCAACAUGACACGGGUGACGCGCCUCCUUGUCCUGCCAAAGUUCUCUUUGGAGAGUGAAGCCGACCUCCGAGGGCCACUGAAGACCCUGGGGAUGAAGGACAUGUUCAGCGCCCACAAGGCCAACUUCAGUAGCCUUUCAGAACAAGAGCUGCUCUUUGUGGCUCAGGCCCUCCAGAAGGUGAAGAUUGAGGUCAAUGAGAGCGGGACGGAGGCCUCGUCUGCCACAGCUGCAAUCAUCUAUUCCCGGAUGGCCCCCUUGGAGAUCGUGAUGGACAGGCCCUUCCUGUUUGUUGUGCGGCACAACCCCACAGGUGCCAUCCUUUUCAUGGGACAGGUGAUGGAACCGUGAGCGCCUCCCACCCUGGAUGCUCAGAAGGAAACUCUGCCCUUCCUCUUCUGCCGUGUUUGUUUUCCCAAAGAGAUCUGGGUCCAGCCCUUGUCCUUCACUUCACUCUUGAGGGGAAGCUUGGAACAAGCUGCCUCCUCCCCAGCGAACCUCCCUGUGCCAUGGCCUGAGAAGGGAGCCUCUCAGAGCCGGCCUCUGGGACGCUCACACGACCCUCCAGAGGAGGGGGCGGGAUCUCUGUCACCCCAGGCUUCUUUUGUUGGGCAGAAGUCACAACUGGCGUCCAGAAAGAGUGCUGCAGAAAGUGACUCCAAACAAAACACUUCUGACAACUUGUGUCACCUGAGGCCAACAACCCCCCCCGGGAGACCCUGGAGUUUCGCAUUGAAUUGGAGCCCUUGCACAGUGAGGGCUACGUGACUUUAAAGCACUGACGGUUUACACUGGAUGGAGCCAGGGAUCUGGCAACCCACCCACCCCGCGUUUUUAUUUGCCUGGUAUGUGUUGGGAGGGAAGGUGACCCCUUGGAGCGUCUGCUCCCUUGUAGAGAGUGAGCAGACAGUCUAGCUACUUUGUUUUUCCUGUGCCAAAGAAGGAGUGGAUUAUAGAGCACAGAACAGGAAGAAAGCAUAAUAUAUAAUUUUCUUAAUUUUUUGUACUCUGUGGUGGUGAUAAUGACAAUGAUGAAAGGUAUGAGGGUGUACCGGUUACUCUCAGGUCUGACAGAGCACUGUGGGCACACCUGAAAGCCUGGAACUGUUUGUAAGCCAAAGUGCGGAAGCAAACACAUGAGGCAAAAAAAGCUCUGAAGAUCUUGAGCAAUCGGAAAAGCAAGUCCCUUCUUAACCCUCAGACCAUAAUGCGAUCUGUGAUGGCAUUUUCCUGAAACAGAUCUUGGUGACAAGUCCUAAGUGCACUCUCUGGCAGAGGGAGCACCAGGAGGUUU